UGGAGAAGCUGGGAGCUGCAUUAUUUUGCUGCAAAGGAAAAACGAAUAAAUAAAACUUGUUCGUCACCGGCAGCAGAUAGGAAUUUACCAGGCCAAUAAAAAACAGAUAUCUUCGCUUCCUUACUCCUUUUCAUUGGCAGUGUGUGAAACAUGUUUGUUAUUUCUGUUUUCACGUGUUAAGUUAAUAUUUUGUUCGUGUAUUUUUGAUUCGAGGUUGUAUUAAAAAUUUUGUUCACAUAAGUGACAAGGCAGGCUGGCAAAUACAAUACAUAUCAUUGUUUUUUUUUUGUCAAACAAACGAAAAUUCUAUAAAUUAUUCCUUGCUAUUUCUCGUUAAUUGUAAUUUGUAAGAAGCAACGAUAAUAUUAAAAACUAAUCAACUUAACAUUCUGCUUUAAAAAUGGCUGCAAAAGUCGAUGACAAGACCUCUGAUAUACCAGAGCGACUUUAUGACUCCACCAACAACAAAACAUACAAAAGGAUGCGAUUUUUUGGAAAGGGAGGAUUUGCAAAAUGUUAUGAAAUUAUAGAUGUGGUCACAAAUGAUGUGUACGCUGGCAAAAUAGUUUCCAAGAAACUAAUGAUGAAGCACAAUCAGAAGGAAAAAAUGACCCAAGAGAUCACCAUACACCGCAGCCUUAAUCAUACAAAUAUUGUCAAGUUUCAUGGAUUUUUUGAAGACAAUUUCAAUAUCUACAUAGUAUUGGAAUUGUGCAAGAAGAGGUCCAUGAUGGAAUUGCAUAAGCGCCGAAAGACCAUCACUGAAUAUGAAUGUCGCUACUAUAUCUAUCAGAUUAUACAGGGUGUCAAAUAUUUGCAUGAUAAUCGCAUUAUACAUAGGGACUUGAAACUUGGAAAUUUGUUUCUCAACGAUAUGUUGCAUGUGAAAAUUGGAGACUUUGGUCUGGCCACACGCAUUGAGUAUGAGGGAGAACGUAAAAAGACUUUGUGUGGCACCCCCAAUUAUAUAGCCCCCGAAAUCCUUACGAAAAAAGGGCAUUCCUAUGAGGUGGAUAUUUGGUCAAUUGGGUGUGUUAUGUACACCUUGCUAGUGGGUCAGCCACCAUUUGAAACUAAGACUUUGAAAGACACUUACUCGAAAAUCAAAAAGUGUGAUUAUCGUGUUCCCAGCUAUUUGCGCAAAUCAGCCGCUGAUAUGGUGAUUUCGAUGUUGCAAUCGAAUCCUGAAAGUCGUCCCACCAUAGGAGAACUAUUAAACUUUGAGUUUUUAAGCAGCUCACCGGUGCCUAUGUUUUUGCCCAGUUCUUGCCUUACCAUGGCACCACGUUUGGAGCUCAACGAGACCAUGGAUCAUGAGAAUGCCCAUCGUAAGCCUUUAACUGAAUUGAAUGGCAUUAAAGAUGAUACUCGCCUGGAAUCGACAUUCCUUAAAAAUAAUCUACAUGAUGCCAUAACCGCAUCGGCUCAAGUUUGUCGGCACAAUGAGGAUUACCGCAGCGAUAUUGAGAGUCUAUAUCAACAGCUGACUAAUCUUAUCAAUGCCAAGCCACGUCUUUUGCAAGGUAAUUUGGGUGAUGAAAACACCGAUCCCGCUGCCCAACCUUUGUUUUGGAUCUCAAAAUGGGUGGACUAUAGUGAUAAAUAUGGUUUCGGCUAUCAAUUGUGUGACGAAGGCAUUGGUGUUAUGUUCAACGACACUACUAAACUUAUACUAUUACCAAAUCAAAUUAAUGUACAUUUCAUCGAUAAGGAUGGCAAGGAAUCUUAUAUGACCACCACUGACUAUUCAAAAGCUUUGGAUAAGAAAAUGAAAUUGCUCUCAUAUUUCAAACGUUACAUGACUGAACAUUUGGUCAAGGCCGGAGCCAACAAUGUUAAUUUUGAGUCAGACCAAAUUUCCCGCAUGCCUCAUUUACAUUCCUGGUUUAGAACCACCUGUGCCGUUGUAAUGCAUUUAACAAAUGGCACUGUGCAGCUUAAUUUCUCCGACCACAUGAAGAUCAUUCUGUGUCCGCGCAUGAGUGCCAUAACCUACAUGGAUCAUGAAAAAAAUUUCCGUACUUAUCGUUUCUCAACCAUACUUCAGCACGGCUGCUCGAAAGAUUUAUAUCAAAAGAUGCGUUAUGCCCACGAGAAACUUAGUAAAAUGCUUGAGAAGAUGUUCUUUUAGAUAGCCGCCUUCCUUUUUUAAAUUUUUAUAAAAGGUGAUGUGCAUUUGCAGUAUUUUGUUGUUUUUUUUUCUUAUAAUUUUCUGUUGAAACGAAUGGAGUACUAUUUUCGCUUUCUGAAAAAUAUCUCUUUAAAAAAUAUCUCUUUCUGAAAAAUAUCUUUUUAUACUUAUAAUUUUAUAUAUAUAUUUCUAAACUUUUUAUUUUUUUAUGUUUGUGCCGUUAUUUAUGGUAGCUGUUGCCUUUUCAUGUUGUACUCCAUUCAAUUUAUUUUAGUGCAUCACCCUCAUGUUUUAUAUAUAAAGAAUUGAAGCAUAAUUUGCAAGGUUUUACUUCUCUAAAGCCACACCUUAAUAUUCAUACUGUUUUUACGAAAAGGGAAAAGUUAUUUUUUUUAAUCUUCGUAAUUUUUAUUGUACAAUGUCUGGCCUAGUUUAUUUUAUGAUCAUCUUAUAUAUAUAAAAUUCACAUUAUCAUAUGUAUUUUGUAGUUUCCAAGCCAUUUAAAUAAAUCUUUCGCUCGCCCAUAAAU